UGCUCCACCGCUUAUCAUUUACCCUCCCCCGCCGCUUCUUUUGUAUCUCUUGCUUCACUCUCACCUGUGAAACACAAUGAAUAUCCUACACUCUACGCUGUCAACUUGGCGGGACCGCCUGGCCCCGGUAUCACGCACUUCAACCUUCCGCAACACCGGCCAAAUCACCCCAGAGGAGUUUGUCCUCGCCGGAGAUUAUCUAGUCUACAAGUUCCCCACCUGGUCAUGGGCCGACGCCUCAAGUCCGGCAAAACGUGUAUCCUACCUUCCAGACGGCAAGCAGUUCUUGGUUACUCGUGGAGUACCGUGUCAUCGGAGACUGAACGACAACUUUGCCGGAGAUGCAGGGCUGGAAGAUGAGAUUGUGAGGGAUUUCCUCUCGGGCGGUGAUGGCGGCGAAGGCACGGCAGCCGACGAUGGGGGGGAUGGGUGGUUGCGGACUGGUGGUGGCCGCGACGCUGGGGCAAACCAUAAUAAGCAAGAAGCUCGGAUUUGUGACGUGCGAACCGUCGAUGAAUCUGGGAAUCUGGGCGAGCAGGAGGAUGAUGAUGAUAUCCCCGAUAUGGAGGAUGAAGACGAUGACGAGGAAGCCAUCAUCCGAGAGACAGAUGAUCAGUCAGGGACUCCAUCUCUCCGCACUUAUACCCUUUACAUUACCUACUCAAACUUCUACCGUACACCCCGCCUCUACCUGUCCGGCUAUUUGUCGCCAUCCGAACCGCUUCCACCACAUCUGAUGAUGGAGGACAUCGUCGGCGACUACAAAGACAAGACCGUGACGCUAGAGGACUUCCCAUGGUUCGAGGGCAGCGUCAAGAUGGCAAGUGUACACCCAUGCCGCCACGCCUCUGUGAUGAAGACACUUUUGGAUCGUGCCGACGCCGCACUCAAGCUCCGCCGCGACAAGCUCAAGCAGACGCAUUCACGCGAGGAAGCGAACCGUGUUCUGCGGGCAGGCGGCGGGCUGGAGGGCUUGGUGGAUGAGACGAAGAAUCUCUCGCUCGGGGACUCCCACCACGCACAACCUGUCGGGGACGAGUGGGAGAUGCUGCAACGCGAUGAGGAAGAACAGGUCGCCAUCCGGGUAGACCAGUACCUGGUUGUAUUCCUCAAGUUCAUUGCCAGUGUGACGCCGGGCAUUGAGCACGACUUUACGAUGGGAGUAUAAUUUCUUUGGAUUGGAUCCAGCCUCGUCUUAUCCGAUCCCUACUUCCCAGGCAACUAUAAUCCUGAGCUCAAUUGGACUGGGUAAUGGCUGGGGUCUGGCGACCUGCUCCUUUAUUCUUGGUUUUCGAAAUGUGAUAUGCAUGACAUGACAUGAGUUUGGCGUUAAUCUGCUUCUGGGCGCUCGGAUAAUCUCCCUUCCCCCUUCCUAGGUUGCUUUUGCUGUGUAUUAUCUUCCGGUGGCUUUGGGAAGUUUCCCAUAGCAAAUUUACUACGAUCUGUGAAGAUUCCAGAGUAGACAUGUCGCAUCGCGAGAACAUAACAUAGCCCCUAGCGUUCCCGAAGUAGGAAAGACCCUGGAGGAUCGCCGAGUUCACUGUGUUGACGUUGACAGUUGAGCGACGUACUUUGCAGCGCCCAAUCGACGAGAUAUGAAUGUAAGAAUAGUUAUGUCUCCGGAUACACAAGGCCGUUAAUAAUAAAGCCAACAGCCCUUGAGGAUACCCAAUGAACAAAAAGUUGAUGUGCACGAUGUAUGAUUUCUCAGGCUGCACAAUGUGGCUUUGCAGAAAAGUUGGGUUGUGAUUUAGCUGCAAGUCCCCCCAGCUCCUGUCCUCAUCAUUCCCAACUCUCAUAUUUCG